AUGCAUGGAUACAGUGGAAAAUAUGUCAUCAUUUCAUGUCACUUUAUGGAGGCUUCAAACAACAUAAAGUAUUUCUGCAGAGAUCCGUGUAAUGAUGAAGAUAUUCUAGUAUCAUCUGAUCGUUCACCUAACAGGAGAUUCAGACUGGAGGAUUUUGGGACAGGAACAUUCAAAGUGACCAUCACUGAUCUACAGGAGUCAGACUCUGGGAUUUACUGGUGUGGAGUGGAAAGAGUCGGUAUAGACACAUAUCACAAGGUCAAUCUAAGAGUAUCUAAAGAAUCUUCAUUUGCCACAACAAGCAGAACCUCAGGAAAAUCAAACCCUGAUGAUAACACAACCUCAUCCUCAGUGACGGAACUGCACCAAAGUAAUCUUAACGUCACACUGCAUGCUAUUGGUGGUCUGAUCUUAGUGAUUGUACUUUUAUGUCUACUGGUUGCUGUUUAUAAGCACAGGAAGAGAGUCAAGAAAUCUGCAAGUUUUUGCUUUGAUAUUUUAAGCAACAAAUCAUUCAAACACAAUGAACGUCGAGCUGAAGAGGCUGAUAAAGUACAUGAUAAGGAUCUUCAAGACUCACAGAACAACAAAUCUAAGAAGUUGAAGCUUAAAGUCCCAAAGAGCAAUGAAAUUUUAGUCUAUCAGAAUCUAAUGUUCAACACUGGCCAGUCAGAUGUCAUCUAUGAAAUUUGAGCUCAGCUUAAUGCUAUAAGUUAGGGAAGAUCAGAGUACUGGUCAAAAAGACCAAAGUGAUAGAUAUACAGUACUGUGCAAAUGUCUUGGGCCACCCGCAUCAUUUAAAUGUCUUUUUAUUAAAGGUGCAGUAUGUACAUUUUGGCGGCAUAUAGUGGUGAGGUUGCGAACUGCAACCAACAGCUCAGUUCACAGCUCACCCCUCGCUUUUGAAACACAUAGAGAAGCUACGGUAGCCACCACCGAACAAACAUGUCAUCGUCUGGGACAACUUAGUAAAAAAUUGUUGUCCGUUAAGGGCUUUUGUAAAAACAUGGCGGCCCAAAGUGGCGACUUCCAUGUAAGGGGACCCUCGGUGUAUG